UGUGCUCAGUCUCUGCUGACGCGCUAAGGGACAGGUGUCCUCCAUGUGUCGCGCUUCCACACCGGCGCUCCCCGCUCGCGCAGCGAAACCGGCGAGCUGCGCGCGCGCGCGCCGUCCCCGUGUCACAGAUGACGUUGACACCGGCGUUGCUAGUGGCGACACACGGACGGAUGGUGGUGGUGGAGGUGGAGAAGGAGGUGUGCUGGGGCGGUGUUCUCCAGAUGUCGUUGGUAUGGAAACUGGUAAACGAAGCGGAGAAUGAAGAUCCGGUCAAACGGACGUAUCAUUUGCACACAGAUAUAAUAUAUUAUUAGUCGUGUUUUCUGAACGGGCUUUACAUCAUCAUUACAGCCUGGCGACAUCAGGACAGCAGAGUAUUCUGUGGGCGAGUACCUUGAUCAACGGUACUACGGGAGGUGUGGAAAUCGAACCAGCAACCUACUGCGUAGAAGGCAAGAGCUGUAAACAGGACACACCGUGCUGCCCCUUCUAAUUUCACUGCAAUGAAGGCAAACUGGAGGAACAGAAAGAUGAGGACGACCAUGAGCACAUGGACACCGCUGAACCACCAGCUGUCAAACGACCACGUGUUUGAAGAGAGGAGAGAACUUCUUGGAAAAUGGUUUGACAAGUGGACGGACUCCCAGCGCAAGCGGAUCCUGCAGGAUUUCUUCAGCAGGUGUACUGUGGCUCAGCUAAGGUUCGUGCGUGACAACGCGUGUGACCAAGUCCCAAAGGAGGCCGUGGACUUCGCCACGCUGCUGCCUCGAAUAGUGUCCCUCUACAUCUUCUCCUUCCUGGACCCUCGCAGUCUCUGUAGAUGCGCACAGGUCAGCUGGCACUGGAGAAGCCUGGUAGAACUGGACCAACUGUGGAUGCCUAAAUGCCUGCGACUGGGUUGGUGCAUCAACUUUUCCCCCACACCGUUUGAGCAAGCUGUGUGGAAGAGGCACUACAUUGAGACAGUCCAACAGCUUCAUGUCACAAAGCCAAAGUCCCCUUCCCAGCAAGGGUUUGUGAUUCCAGACGUUAAAGUGAUCGGCAGCGAGGGGGAGAAGCUGACGGAAAGUUGCCACAGAGGGGUGCAGCAACGAGGGAAAGAAACCCAGAGGAAAGACCCUCCACCUUGGAGGGACUCUGACAGACAUCCUACAGACACCCUGCGCUUCAACUACCUGCAGAACGAUGAUCCCAUCUUUCAGACCCGAUUCCUACACACUAAGAAGAAUAGCAGCACCAUAAUGAACCAAGAAAUCAUCAAGAGGAAACCGCUGUCUGACUCCAUGUACAAGUUACGCAAGGUUAAAUCACUUAUGUUUCUGUCUCCUGAGCUGAACCCUGGGCACCAGAGGCAGAAGAGGCCAGACUGGGCCACACUCAGAUCCCAAGAGUACCCCAUCACGAAGGAAACUGCUAAGAAGCUGGCUCAGAGACCCCAGUGGAAUGCUGGGAUAAGACCGGGUCCAGCAAGGCAGGCCGUACCCAGAAUGAGUGCGAAAGGCCUCAAGGCAUCCCAGCGCUCACAGAGAAGCAGCCCAUCGGUGCCCUUGUUUGAAGGACAAUCCUGGAAGAGCCCUCCUUUGGAACAGGGAUCGGAAGCGCACUGAAUCCUGUCAAGGUCCUCCAACGAAGCCUCCGUUACCCAUAGAUGUCGGGCCAAACGUAAAGGGUAACGUCCAACACGGCCAUAUAUGGUUUUAGUAAAAGACACAUGAACACGCCAGGGAAGUGUAUAGUUUCAUAAGCUUCAUCUCCUACUGUUGGCAGAGUAGUUGAGGUUAUAUAGUAAACAGUCCAAUUUUGGCAGAGUAAUAUUGCUCUGCAGCAGUCACCACUGUAUUUAAAAUACUUAACAGCAAAGAUAAAAGCAUGAAGAUUGUCAAAUUUUAUUGCAUAAUGCAAUUUGAAUAAAUACUUUU